AUUUUUAACUUUCAACGUAUAUAUUACUAUGCUAGUAAUUGCAAAACUUAAAUUCAAAACGCGUCUUAUUAUGUGAAAUUUGAAAUCUAGUGUUAAAUUGGUACCAAACAUUUUAGUAGUAAUUCUAUAGCCUAGCGGUUUUCUACAUUCUCAUGGUCCAGUACCGCCUACUAGUUUUCUAAAUUAUCAUGUUCAUCACUACAAACAAUUUUUUUUAUAACUAUUGAUAUAGUCAUGCUUAUUAAUUUGUUAAUAAGUAAUACAAUUGUUAUUUCUAUAUCUUUCAUUUAACACGCAUGUAUUCUCAAGCACAACAAGUUGAGAAUCGCUGCUAUAGCCAAUUUAAUAUGGACAUAUUUAUAUUAAUUUAGAUGCUCAGUUACUCUAGAACAUAGCUUAAAUACUAUUAUUAUUAUUAGUUUUAAGAAUUUUUUUUUUCUUUUCUUUGCAAAUAAUUUUACUAACAAUUCAAGGAGAUAACUUCAGUCGUCUUAAUUUCUAUACAUACUAUGUAAAUUGAAUACCAUUUUAUACUAAUAUCAGAAUUAACUAUGUAAUAAAACAUUAUUAUUAAACUAUUUAUCAGAUAUACUUAAUACUGCUCUGUUAUCUUAGUAGAAUGAGUUGGUAGGUGUUUAAGUUUGUUAUCAAUGACAUUUUAAUGUGUAUGAAAUAGUUUUAAAAGGCAACCAUAAAAACAUUUUUUUUUACUCUUCUUUCAAAAAAAAAAAAAUUCUUCCAACCAUAGACUGACACUUGCUGUUAAUUGGAAUACCUACAGUUAAUAUUAAAAAAUGGACAAACGGGAAAAAAAUGGAUCUGAAGCAAAUGUGCGAUCAAUUUUCGUAGUAUUAGCCAGUUUUGUUGUUAAUGGUCUAGUGUUUAGCUUUAUUAAUUCGUACUCAGUGACGUAUGUUUUCCUCUUAAAAAGACUUGAAGAUGCUGGCGUCAGUGAAGCUUCUUCAAAAGCAUCAUUAGUCGGUUCUUUGACCGUAGGAACUACAUUCCUUAUGUCACCUAUUGCUGGAGUGCUGAAUGACCGCAUUGGAAUCAGAACAACUACGUUUAUAGGUGGUUUUAUCGCGACUUCUAGUUUAUUAAUCUCAUCAUAUUUCACACAUCAAGUGGAAAUUUUAUACAUUACUUAUGGCCUACUAUAUGGUAUUGGCGCAUCGUUUGCCUACACUCCUUCAUUGGCGAUUCUUGGUCAUUACUUCAAAAAUUAUCUAGGACUUGUUAAUGGCAUAGUAACUGCUGGUAGUUCAUGUUUUACUAUGGUUAUGCCAUACUUCGUAAGUUAUCUACUUGUUCAUUUUGGUCUAGACAAAUGUUUAAGAUGGGAAGCAGGGGUAACAGCAAUCAUAAUGCUUUGUUCUUUGGCGUUCAAACCUACGUACAAAGUGGAAAAAUCUGAUAUACAUAAGUCAUUGUCAGAGGAACUUCGAUCACUGGUCAAUGUUGAUAUCUGGAAAAACCCUAAAUAUGUUAUUUGGGCCACGAUGAUUCCUCUGGCUCUGUUUGGAUACUUUGUUCCUUAUGUCCAUAUGGUAAAAGUUGUUGAAGAUCUUUUCCCACAAAACGACGGCAAAAUGUUAGUAACUUGUAUUGGUAUUUCUUCAGGAAUCGGUAGAUUAAUUGCUGGACCAAUUUCUGAUUGUAAACAAGUCAAUAGAAUCAUAAUGCAACAGAUUUCAUUGUUUGUUAUUGGUUUGAUGACAAUGCUUAUAGUCAUAGUACCUCAUUUUUCCAUAUUAAUAAUUAUAACAUUAAUAAUGGGAUUAGCUGAUGGAUGUUUUGUCAGUGUUAUGGGACCAAUUGCUUUUGAUUUAUGUGGGCAAAAAGGUGCUGCUCAAGCUAUUGGAUGCAUUCUUGGAUUAUGCUCUAUACCACUGACAGUUGGACCACCAAUUGCUGGUUGGAUGUAUGAUAAAUAUAAAACAUAUACUGGAGCAUUUUUAAUUGCUGGACUUCCACCAAUGAUUUUUGGAAUACUUCUAACUAGUACACGGUAUGUAAGAAAAAGUUCCAUGGAACCCGAAGAAAGAAAUCCAAAUGAACCCAAACUACUUGCACCAACAUCUGAGUCUCAUGAAAAAGAAGAAUUACAAGACAUAUGAUGAUCAUCCAACAUCACUUUUGCAGACCAGUGCAACCACAAGGCCUCUAUUGUCCGGUUACAACUUAAAAACCCAAUAUUUUUAUUAAAAAUAAAAGUUGAAUUUACAUGAAGCUUUAUUAAAUCAUACAAACUCCAUAAAUAUUAAUAC